AUGGACGCAGCUGUAGUACCAUCCACUUCAGAGGUUGCUACCAUCAGAAAUGCCUCCAAGCGUAUCCUAUUCAUUGGAACAAGGGGAGCAGGCAUCUUAGAUGUCGUUCGCGACCUGACAGGCUCAUCGCCAUCGCCGGUCGAUGCCUCUGGCUCAAUAGCAGGUCUCUCUCACGAAUGGCGAGCUACUACGCCUUAUUACUCUGCGUUGGUCCCAGUCUGGAUCGAUGAGUUCCCGUCUUCUAGCACCAGUGAUGGUGCGACUGCGGGUGUCCUGGACUGGCAAAAGGAGUUUCUCCGUGACGAGGCGUGCGAUGUUGUGAGAGUUGUGGGUGCAUGGGUCUACGUGUUUCCCAAGCCCAGCCCAGCUGUCGGUACUUCGGCGCCGACCACAGAGACAAUCAUCACAGAUGAAACACGAGCGGUCAUGAAAGCUAUCCAGGAUGUGGUGGAGAAGCACGCAGGAUAUGAUGAAGAUGGGAUCAGCAGUGUCGUGAAGCUUGCUAUCGCAAAGGGUACUGGUAAACAAGAUCCUGCGAAGUCCCAUACUACUGCUCGCACAGACAACGACAUGAACCACGACGUGAUUGCACUUGACCACGAAGCCGAGGAGGAAAUAUGUCAAGAAUUUGGCUUUGAGUUUGUCGACUAUUCGGCUACAGGUCAUAAUGCAUUUGGCGAGAAAGUCGGGUUCGCUCGGCUACAAGAAGCCCUUCAAACCAUCGAGUGGACGUCUUCGGAUCCUGAAAUUGAACACGAGGCUGGUGAAGAAGAUGAAGAUGAUAUCACGGCCAUGUUGAAGGCAUUCGAAGGUGAGAGCAGCGGCAUGUUGGGGACUGAUCGCGAAGAGGCAGAAUGGACCGCAGAGAUGUUCGCUGUCAAGGCAGCACUGUUGCAACAGUCCGAACUAGACGACGAGACCGAUGUCGCUGGCGAAAACGAUGACAAUGCAGCCAGAGAGGGUCAAGUUGACGAUCUCGAUCGCUUGAUGGGACGGCUGCUAGCCGUCAAGGAGCAGAGUGUAGGUCUACCCGAGGAGGAGCGAAAGCGUCUGGCUGCCCGGGCUGUGCGUGAAGUUGUUAGGGAUCUCUGAACAUGGGAAUCCAAUACGACUAGAACAUGUCGAGGUCUAUCUUUGCAAAAUUUCUGGUUGAAUACGUUCGUACGCGCCGUCGAAAUGAGUGCCAAUACACCUGACGAGUGUGAAUACAAUGAAACCCAAUGGUGUCAGUUCCACCGUGAUAAGGAGG